UCAUAUGACAUGUUCUUUGUAUUUCCUGUAAGUAAGAUGAUGAAUCUCAAGUUACAUGCCCUAUAAAUUAGACGGUUUAAUAAGCCUUUCUUAAUUCAUAUUGGAGCUGCUAGGACUCUACACUGGAGAGAAAACCAGUCUGUUUUACCUUUGGUUUUAAAUGAUGCUGUCUCCGCAGUUGUUCCACAAAAUCUUAGGAGUAGCUUUUUUCCUGCUCCCAUUAUGUGUGCAAGGUAAACCUGCAGGAUUUCUUUCAAAUAUUUUCAAGUAUUUGACUGAAGAUGGAAGUGAUGGAGGAUUUAUACCAGCUUUCAUACCAGUGGCUGAUGAUGAAACGGGAGACAUUAAUCAUCAUUUGGAACAUCGUAUUUCCAGACUGGAAGGAGUCCUCCGCUUGGAAAAGAGGAUAACAGAAUUUGGAGGGAAAAUAUUUGCUACCAAUGGGAAAAAGGCUGAUUUCAAUACUACACUGGAAAAAUGCAAAGAGGCUGGAGGAUCUAUUGCUGCUCCGAGGAACCCAGGCGAGAAUGAUGCCAUUCAGUACUUCGUGAAAACUUUUAAUACCUACGCCUACCUAGGGGUAAAGGAAUCUCUUAUUCCAGGCAAAUUCCAGUUCCUGGAUGGUACAGAGCUGGGCUACACUAACUGGCAUUCAAAUGAACCUUCUGGCAAAGGGGAAGAGGGAUGUGUGGAGAUGUACACUGAUGGCACUUGGAAUGACAAAAGGUGCAAUCAGAAUCGCCUUAUUGUCUGCCAGUUUUAGUGCUUCCCUUGCUGCUCUCUGGCAGGCUUUCUGGAAUAUGCUUCUCUCUUGGUUGUCUCUUCAUCUGUAGCCUAGUGAACUCAUAUAAUGGAGCAUCAAAAAAUAAAAUUCACUCUUUCCCGGCCUGAUUUAUCUUUUAAAUAAAUGCCAACUAUAAAGAGGAAGUUGUUUAUAACAA